AUGAUUCCCAAACAAGUCUUUCUAUCCUUCACAAGAGAAAUCUUAACACCAAGGACAAUUGAGAAGAAUCUUAAGGAGAAUGGUUAUAGAAAAGGUCAAGAUUGCUUUAAGUUUUCUAGUGAGAAGAUACAUGAUGAUCUGAAUACAUUAGUUCAACCUAUCUCAGUAGAAAGUAUAAUUCUUGGAAAUUGGAAAGUUUCUGAAAAUGAUCAAGUGAUGAGUUUUGAUCAGAAGAUUCCAAAUGGUUUAGAAAAUGAUCUCACCAUGAUUGAUCAUCAUCCAUUUACAAAUCAUUACAAAGGAUAUCAUCUUGAUGAUAUCAAUUCAGUCAUGAGUUCUUGGGAUGAGUUUGAAAACCCAAAAGAGACUACUCCAAUGGAUUCUCCAAGAAUCAAACCCUCUGAAGGUACCUUGUCCAAAAAUAAGGCCCUUAAGGCACCUUGCUCAAUGGACUCCAGACAAUCAGAUACACAAGAUCAUUUGGCAAAAGACAAAACUAAGAGAAGAGAUCUUCACAUUGGAAAAUAUGUUGGGUUGCAACCUACCUUAUCAAGCAAGAAGAUCCGCAAGUCAAAAGCAAUGAAAGAUCUAUUGAAAUCAACCAAAAGUGUCUCCUCAUCUGAAUCUAAUGAUGUCAUUUCAAUUGAAACAAUUGAGAAAAACUGGUUGAAAAAGAAAACUAGGAAAAUGCCUGAUCUGGACAAUGUUUUGAAGUCAACAUCUGUUGUUGAUUACAGUAAUGGAGAUCUCAGUUCAGUUGAUAAUCCACUGAAAGGUGAAAUUCCAUAUUGCAAUAACAAAAAAUGUGUCUCACAAGAUAAUAAUGUGAAGGCCAAAUUUCCAUAUCCUGCCAGUGAAAGGGAUCAAAGAGCAAAUCACAUUCAGAAGCAUGCAAAGCCCACAAAAAAGGAAUCCAAAUCAGAUGAAAAAUUCAGAAAACAACUAGAGCAAAUCAUGCGCCCAGUUAGUGAACACUUUGAAAAUUUGGCUAACAUCCAGCUCACUGGAAUCAACAAAGAACUCAAAUACCCAAAUGCCUCUAAAAAGACUACCAAACCUUUGGGACAGUCCCCAGAUCAUAGCAUAGGGAAGGAUGCAACUGAGUCUAGAGAACAAGUAAUGGAUAAAGGGCUGGAGAAUUUAGCUUCUCAGGCGAUCAAAUCAAACAAAAAGGCUAGUGAAUAUGAUUCUGAAUCAGUUGAAGAAAGAAAAAUAAGAGAAUUGGAAUCUAUGAAUACAAAUAAUGACUCAAAUGAACCCUUCCAAAAUGCAAAAAGAAAACACGCUAGUGUCAGUGAGGCUCAAGGUAUCCAACAGUCAACAGCUCUGCAUGAGUGGAAUGAAUACAAGAGGAAAUCAGAUCGUUCGACACCUGCUAAGCUUCUCAGAACCAAGAAUUUGGAAGAUAUAUCAGGCAGCAAAACCAAUCGACAUGAGAUAGGAUCGCAGUCAGAACAUGUACUGACAAUAAUCGCUUUGGAACUCAAAAAUAUCCUAGACAUCCAGCUAUCAGGAAGCAGUACUGUCAAUGGAAAAAGGACUGAAGACAUUCAUGGAUAUGAGCAGAGCAUUCAAAUCGACACUACCAACGAUUGGAGGUCUAAAACCAAAAGGAAACAAAAGAAAAUGUUUCCAGCAGAUGAUCACACAGACAGCCAACAAAUCCCUGAAAACAUUUUGAGUGAAAAGGUUAUUCCUAAACAAAAUGAAAGAAAAACACAACUUUCUUCUCAAGAGAUGACAAAUCCAUCAACUCGAAAACCUAAACAAGUUAAUCCUCCAUCCAAUAACAGCUCUCUUCUUAUAAAGAUUAGAAAUCACUUAAGACAACAGGGAGAAGUUCAUAGAUCAUUUAGAAGGAGUCAUGAAGAAUCUUAUCGUAAAACACGUGAUUUGGUAUUCACUUAUGCGCAUCAAGGAAAACAAAUCAUUGAGAAAAACAAAGAACUCUUUGAGGAUAUGUCUCGUGCUUAUGGUUCAGUUGAAAAAUCCAUGACCAAGAAUUUAAGUCGACACCUGGCUCAGUUGAAUAUGAAGACUUUCAAUAGUAUCGUGUCAUUCAAAGCAGAGCAUAUCAUCUUCCCAAUCUUUAUACGUCAGGUUUCAUGGAUUUGCAAAUUGACACAAGAUUUAAGCAUGAUAACUAAAGAUUAUAAACUUGGAGAAAAGUUCACAAAUACACCAACCGUAUAUGUAUCAGCAAGUGAAUUCUUUCGUAAAUGGUUAAAAAAUAAAGCACUUGAAUACCUUCAUUACGUAGAGGAAAAUAUAAACAAACCAAUUUGGAAAGAUAUGAAUGAACACAAAGAGUCACCAAGAGGAAAUUCGUCUGUUCAACUUAUCCAUCAUUUAGAAUUUGCUACCCUUACUCCAAAAUGGACUGUCAUCAGUUGGGAUAUCUUUUGGGAAUGGUUAAAAACUUAUGAUUCAACUUUACAUGAGCUCACACAAAUUCAAAAUCCUAAAACACAAAACCUUUUAAGACAAUUCAAAAUUCAUUAUGCUCGUGAAGUGAUGCAACAGAUGAUUGAAAAGGAUGGACAGUUUUUUGAAAUGGAGUUUUGUAUUGAGCACAAGAUUCCCAGAGGCAAAUUCAAACGCUUGAAAAGUGAGACACUGUAUUAG